AUGAUCUGGUGCCUGCAGCAACAUGCAUACGGCAAAAUGAUCCUCAGGCUCGCGCUCACCGGUGUGGAGCACUUCCGAGUCGUAUUUUCACAUCUGUCAGGCAACAUGGAUCCUCCAAUGUUCGGUACUAAGGCAUCCAUCAUCACUCAGCUGCUCGACUUCAACCUCCCCGCAAAUCUAGAAACCGAUUUGCUGACUACCAGUAUCAUCUUUUCUCAAGAGUUCCCUAUGGUCCAGCUCCCCACAGAUUGUGUUUCGCAAUCAGUUCCUACAAAUUCAACGGCCACCACACUUUGUGAUCAUGCUGGUAGUGCCUGGCAGGACAUAAAUCAAUCAGUCAUCCAUCCUUCAUUCCCUGAUGACCCACUUCCUUUAUGGGUCUUGUCAUACUGGGUAUCCAUGUGUCAGCAUCUUCCGUGGGAUGCUCCACUCAAGGGAGUUGGUGCUUGCACUGAUCUGUCCACUAGUGGGCUCCGGCCACUGUUAGCAUCAGGUCCAAUUGGUGGCCGUCUUGUGGAUACUAUGAUUGCUGCGGUAGUCGAACAUAUGCAGUCAUCGGAAAACGGAGACCGUCAGAUAGUCUGUGUCAAGUCCCUCGACUUUAUGAAUACACUUAGGCUCAGUGAGAAGCGGUGGAGAAACUACAAGACUGAGAAGGAUGGCACCCACUUCAACAUAUGA